AUGAUCGAUCCGUACAACGUCGAUGUAUAUGUGGUUGAUCUUCGUAGCUGGUUAGAAAAACAAAAUCCGAUUUUGAAAUCGUUGGAGACUAACGAGUUUUUACUAAGAUUUCUGCGUAUAUCAAAAUUUAAUCUUGAAAAUGCUAAGAGAUUAUUAAUUAACUUUUGGCGUUAUAGAACGGAAAAUCCACAGUGGUUCAAAGACCGUGAUCCCAAAUCACCAGUGAUGGCUGAAAUAGCUGAAACUGCUUAUGCCGUACAGCUGCCUCAUUCGACAGUCGACAAUUGUCUAAUAUUCAUCAUGCGGAUUGGACACUACAAUUCAGAAAAGCAUACAUUUGAUCAGGUCACUAAAUAUGCGUUGGGUGUCACCGAUGUUUUGAAUAAACAACCGGAAGCUCAAUUAUAUGGCUUUGUUAUAAUAUUAGAUUUCACUGAUUUUCGAAUGCAUCAUAUCACCAUUUUUACGCCUGAUGUAGCAAGACGUUAUGUUGAAUGUUGGCAAAACUUGUACCCCGUUCGACUGAGACAAGUACACUUCUACAAUUAUCCAGCAAUAUUUGACCCAAUCUUCUACCUAUUUCGUCCAAUAUUAAAGACAAAAAUCUGUGAACAAAUUCAUUUCCACAGUGGUAGUAAUGCGUCGAACACAUUACACAAAUAUGUGCCUCCUGAUCUGUUACCAACGGAGUUUGGUGGCGUACUUGGCACAAUAGAAGACAUUAACAAACCAUUCAUCCAAUGGAUUAAAGAAAAUUCUGCUUACAUUAACAGUUUGGAUCAAUAUGGAAUUGAUUUAUCGUCGUUAAACAAACUAAUGCAGGAUAGUAAACUCGACGAUUGUGAAAGUUAUGUUGAAACAGAUAUUUAA